CAAAUUUAAAUGAAAAGACAUUAAUGCAUUACAAAUACUUCUGGGUUAAUGCACAUGGAAUAAAAAAUUUCAUGCCAGAAAAAAGCGGAAAAUUAUCGGAUGUUUUGGUAAAUUAUACAACAUAAAUAAACAAGUCACUGAAACAAGUAGACCAGUAAGGCUUCAGGUUGGGCUGAGUGACCCUAUUACUCCUCGCUCACACAACACAGGUGAUAUAUAGCCCUACUGAAGGAUAAUAUAGGAACUGUAGGUGAAGAUAAUGGCCACGUUUUUUGGUGAAGUGAGAGAAGUGUCAUCCAGAGCCUACGACGAGGACGAGGAGGAUGACGAUAAUGUAGUGGUCUCGUAUAAGGUGAAGGAGGAGUUAAAUAAAGAAGGUUUGGAGAAAAUACCAAACGUCAAAGCUGUCAUUAUUUCACACGGAAAACUGGCAACAGACUUUUGUGAGGCACUUGUUUUGUCAGAGAAGUGCAUCAACGUCGGUACACUUGGCGUUGAAGUACAAGGACAGACAGAUUGUGAAGACACUGGCGACUUCCAUCCUCGCCACCCAACACCAUCACAACUCUUUAUGUCGCCACAGUCACUUCUAGUUUGUUGUGUCAGCAAAGAUGUAAAAGCUGUCGUAGCAUCACAGUUUGCUCAAGUGUUACUAGGUUUAUUGAAAUCAUCGUGUAUGGUGAUGGUAUUGUCGUCUCAUCACUACGGUGCUCUUAAAGGCAGUUAUGAACCUCAGGGGGAGGAUAACUGUGUUGUCCACUCCUUACACUCCCCGGCCUUCUCUGACUCACCAGUGUAUCCACGUCUUCCUCAGCCUGCCACUAUUGAUUCUGUACCGGCUGCUGUUCUGACAGAGUGUGUGGUGGGGAGUCGGCCCUGUGUGCUGUACUCUGUGUACACCGAGACCUACUCUACCGGUGACUUGGACUUGGUGGUCGACGCCCUCAUCAAGGUGUUUCAGACUGGCCCCUUCAAAAAAUUUAUGCCAGCUUCACUAAAACAAAAUAAACUUCAUCAGUACCGAGCCAAGAACCCGCAGAAUGAGACAUUGGAUCGUUACAUGUAACAAACUUGUAGAUCUUAGAGUUAAUUGAUUAAAGUUAUAUUUUGUGUGAAACGAAGAAUUGGAAAUGAGUUUAAUCUGUUCACUAUGGAAUGCCACUUUUAGUAUUUUAUCAAGCUAAAACAAGACAAUUUUAUUCAGCACAGAGAAACGAGGGAUACUCACAUCUUUUUGAUAACUCCUUAGUUUAUGAACAAUACCAACACCAGAGUUGGUUAUAAUGGAUAAACUUUAACACCAACAUUUCAUACUUUGUUUUAGUAAAUGAUGAAAUAAAGGAUAUUCAAAUACAG